AUGUGCUCGCGGCUGGCGAGAUACGUCGGCUCCACACAUGUUUCUUCAGCAACCCCGAGCGUCGUGCCUGGUGCUGUCUCCGUCUGGGUGCACACUCCAGAGUAUCUCGCACCCUUGGCGUUGCGGGCAACACCAGACGUCAACGGCCCCAGGACGAGCAAUAUGCUUCUGCCAGGCGACGAGUUUGCCGUGAGCGAGGAAUUCCAGGGCGCCGGCGGCAUUCUGUACCUGAAGCUGUCCGACGGGAGGGGCUGGGCUUUUGACCGGAAGCCUGGUGUAGGCGGAAUGUGCUCGAGGAAGCCGGUCCUCUCGGCCGGCUUCUCUGCGCAGAUGCCACCGGGCAGCGUUCGGGCGCCCCCUGGUGGGCCUCCUGCUCCCAACAGCGGGGCGCUAACGCCAGGGCCUCCGCCGAUGCCAGCGACCUUCCUGACACAGUGGAUCUACAAUCCAGACUACAAGGUGCCCAUAGACGUGCGGGCCACCCCGGAUGUGAACGGCCCGAGGUGUCCGACCACGCUGUCCCCGGGGGAGAUAUUCCAGGUGGCCGAGGAGCGUGCCUCGCCAGACGGCAUCAUAUUCUUGAAGCUGGCCGACGGCCGAGGCUGGGUGUUCGACAGGAAGCCAGGCGCUGGCAACAUGUGUGCACGCUACACCGCGCCAGUGAGCAGGCAGUUCAGCGUGGCCCAAACGGUCAAUGGCUACAUGACGCCGACGGCAGGGGGUUCUGCGACGCCCAUCGUGGGCGGUGGUGCCGCGACGCCUGUCGCGGGCGGUGGGGCAACUCCUACAAUGGCACACCGGAUGGUUCAGAACGGUUCAACGUUUAAUUUUCCUGCCUCCUUGCCGAUGUUGCACGGAGGCGCCGUGACGCCGCCCCCGCCGAUGCCGCCGGGCAACUCUGUCACAGUCUCGCCGAUGUUCCAGGGAGGGCCCGCGUCUGUCGCGGCGUCGCCCGGCUUGCCGACAAGGUGUUGA